AUGGCUAAGAAGGGGGCAAAGAACAAAGACAAAGAGACCAAGGCCAAGGGUGGCAAAGGAAAGGCUUCUAAAAAACAGCAAAAACAAAAACAGGAAGAGGAGGAAGAGAAGGUUCAGACCGAACAGCAAGCUCAGCAACCCGAGGAUGACCAAAGCACAUCCGUAGAAUCAGAACAAGCCCAGGCACAAACCGAAGAUCCGCUUCAGAAACCUGAGGAAGACUCGAAGUCUGAUGAGGCUGCACAGCCCGUUGAAGACUCAAAACCUGAGGAAGAGUCAAAGCCAGUGGCUGAGGUAAUACCCGAAGAGCCUAAAGCCGAGGAAGAGCCUAAGGUCGAGGAACCUAAGGCUGAAGAACCGAAGGUCGAAAUUGAAUCGACUUCCGAAGAACCCAAGCCUGAAGAAGAGGCUAAGGUCGAGGAGGUGGCGACCGAGGAGCCCAAGGUUGAAGAUGAGCCCGUUGUUGAAGCUCCGGCUGUUGAAGAGUCACCAUUAACCGAGGAGGCACCCCUGGCUGCGGAAGCACCAACAGCAGAGGAGACCGCCCAGGUUGAAGAUGCUCCUAUCGCUGGGGAAGUCCCUCCCGUUGAGGAAAUAUCUCCCGUAGAGGACGUACCAGUGACUGAAGAAGUACCAGUCGUUGAGGAACCGCCUAAGCUUGACGAAGAGCCUAAGGCUGAGGACGAUCUCAAGGUCGAUGAAGUACCGAAGGCUAAAGAACUGCCUGACGAGGAAGGAACAAAAGCGGAUGAUCAACUAGGCACGACCGAGGAACCAAUACCUGACGAGCCCCAACCUGCGGAAGAGGCUGUUCCUACAGAGGAAGCAAGCCCUGAAGAGGCGGCACUUGAAGAAACAAAGCCUCAAGAUGCCGUACCGGAAGUCGAAGAGAAAUUCGAAAAAGCAGAACCUGAACCUGAGACACAGAUUGAAGAAGACAAAUUCGAGGAAGUAAUACCAGAACAUGAGGCAAAGCUGGAAGACAAUGUGGUUUCAGAUGUUGUUCCGCUUCCAGAAGAGGUUCAGCAGGAAGGAGACAAACAACCCGAACAAGCGACUGAGUCGGUGAAAGAAGGUGAAAGAGCUUGGGGCGAACAAGAGCAAGAAGAACAAGAAACUGUCAUUGAGGCUCCCAUUGCUCAAAAAGUCUCUUCACCAUCUCCAGCUCCCUCUCAAACCCAGUCGUCUCCCUCGAAAAACCCAUCUAAACCUCCUUCGAUCAUCCAAAGUCUUCCUCCACUGCCGAGAUCCAUUACUUCUACACCAUCAAACUUGAGCUUAAGCCAAGCUUUCCCAUCCCCAAAGCUCUCCUCCUCUGGGAGUCAAAGUAAGCCUGGAGGAAAAGGCACAAGCACGGUUGCAGGGGAUGAAUUCCAAGAAGCUGAAGAAAUAGUCCCUCCGGUCGCCACAAAUACCUCACAUAAAGGCCGAUCUGCUUCACCUCGAUCUCAGUACGAUGUAACUGACAGUGACUACCAAACUGCUUACGGGUCUGCCAAAACACCCACCACUAGGGCUGUAUCAAACGGAGCAUAUUCACCAUCUGACGUUCCUUUGCCUUCACCUUCUGUAUCAGAAGCCAGGACAAAAUCCGCUUCUCCCCCGGGACCUUCUUAUGAAUAUACCCACCAACCGCAGCCUAUACCUGCGGCCGCACCACACUUCGCCUAUCCCUAUCCAUACGCCCAUCUUUAUCAGCAAAACUCCAACUACCCGAGCAGUCCAGUCAUGGAACAGACACAGGCAAAUGUGGUUACUCCUCAGUACUCACCUGUUAUGCACCCUUCCCCACAGCCCAAUUAUGCAACUUCUUUCAGCCAGCAACAAGGCAGGAGAGCUAGUCGAUCAUCGAGGAGCCAAUACGACUACUAUUUUGGCAAUACAUCCCAGUACCGCUCUGCUCGGGAGUCGAUGUCUCAGCCUACCGAGAAUGGAAAGCCAUACUUGAACGGUGAACGUGACCUUGCCGACACGGUUAACCUUCUUCAUCGCAUACAAAAUGUUAUCCCUGACCUUAACAAACUGGUUGUCAGCUAUCGUGAGGCACAGAGUCAAUUGUCCGCCAGGGAGGCCGAAAACAAGCAAAUCGAAGCCCAACAUGAACAGGCUCUCCUACACAAGGAGUACUAUAUCGAAGCUUUGCAGAACCAGAUGAGAAAGGUUGCUAACGAACAUGCAGAGGAGUGCUCCAAGCUAAAGGGUAAAAUAGGUGCCCUUGGAGUUGAACUCAGUGAUCUGCAAGAGAGAAAUAGAAACACCGAGGACACAUUAGUUGAGACUCAAAAGGCAAGGGACGAGCUGCUUCGUGCUCGCGAUGAACUGGAAAGCGAGGUUGAUCAUAUUCAGAAAGAGAUCGAAGCAGCCCGCGAAGCACACGAACGCGACAUUGCGAGGCUCAGAAUGGAGGCUGAGAAGUCAGAAGAGAAAGCGCUUGCUGAGCAGAAGGAAAGGCUAGAAGACCUGUUCCAGGAAAUUAAGAAUGAAGAUGACAGGCUUGCUGCUGAGCAUCUCAAGGCUCGUGAGGAUGAGCUUCUGGGCCAGCUAGCAGCGAAGCAGGAGGAACUGGAUGCCAACGAUGCGGCACUCAAGUCGAAAGUGGAAGAGCUCAGGGUUACACAGGAAGAACUGGAUGAGAAGAAAGCUGAGCUUGCGGAGAAAUUCUCGGAGCUCGAAGCCCUCAAAGAAGAGCUGGCGAAUACGAAGAAUGACCUUGAGGCCAAACAACAGGAGUGCGAGUCUAGACAAAAUGAGCUUGAACUUACUCGAAAGGAUCUCGAAGAGACCAAGCGUCAUCAUGAAGAGGAGCUCUCCGCCUUGAGAGAUGCGUUGGACGUCCAAACCAACAAUGUCAAGGAAAUCAAAGAGCGUUUGGCUAACAUGGUCCUCGAACACCGCAACCAAGAAGAGACCUGGCAGAAGGCCCGCGAAGGCUACGAAGCCCAGCUUAGCGAGAAGGCUGAAGAACUGAAGCUCAGCAACGAAGAGAAGGAGGUGCUCGAACGAGAAGGUCUGGCAAAGGAGGAGAGACUCCAGAGCAUAGUAGAAGAGAUGCGCCAGACCCAUAAUAACCUGAACAAGGACCGUGAGAGGUUGAAGAAAACGCUACAUAGCCUUGGAGAAGCGACAGACAUGAAGAUGAAGGGAGACUCGUUCUUGUAA